GGGCGGCGCUUCCGCCGGCGGUAGGCUGUGCUGGGCCGCUCAGCGGCUCCCGGCACAGUCGGGAACCCGAACCUUCGGCCGUCUGCGGCGCGGCGGAUGAAGGGCGAUGGAGCUGGAGCCCGAGCUGCUCCUGCAGGAGGCCCGCGAGAACGUGGAGGCGGCGCAGAUCUACAGGCGGGAGCUGGGCCAUCGGCUGCAGGGGUUGCAGGAGGCGCGGAGGCAGAUCAAAGACAGUGCGUCACAGACAAGGGAUGUUCUCAAACAGCAUUUUAAUGAUUUAAAGGGAACCCUUGGGAAGCUCCUGGAUGAACGAUUGGUGGCCCUUUUGCAAGAGGUGGAUGUCAUUGAACAGGAGACCAUUAAACCACUGGAUGACUGUCAGAAGCUCAUAGAACAUGGAGUUAACACUGCAGAGGACUUAGUCCGAGAAGGUGAGAUUGCCAUACUUGGUGGUGUAGGAGAACAAAAUGAAAAACUGUGGAGCUUUACCAAAAAGGCCUCACACAUUCAGUUGGACAGCUUACCAGAAGUGCCUUUGUUGGUUGACGUGCCUUGCUUAUCUGCUCAGUUGGAUGACUCAGUUCUUAACAUAGUGAAAGACCACAUUUUUCAGCAUGGAACUGUAGCAUCUCGCCCACCAGUACAGAUAGAAGAACUAAUAGAGAAGCCUGGAGGCAUCAUAGUACGAUGGUGUAAGGUGGAUGACGACUUUACAGCUCAAGAUUACAGGCUCCAGUUUCGUAAAUGUACUUCAAAUCAUUUUGAGGACGUAUAUGUAGGUUCGGAAACUGAAUUCAUAGUAUUGCACAUAGACCCCAAUGUUGAUUAUCAGUUCAGAGUCUGUGCCCGAGGAGAUGGCCGACAGGAGUGGAGCCCGUGGAGCGUCCCCCAGAUAGGUCAUUCCACAUUGGUGCCUCACGAGUGGACGACUGGUUUUGAGGGGUACAGUCUCAGCAGUCGAAGAAACAUCGCACUCCGGAAUGACUCUGAAUCCUCAGGUGUUCUCUACUCCAGUGCUCCAACUUAUUUCUGUGGGCAGACAUUGACAUUCAGAGUUGAAACUGUGGGACAGCCAGACCGAAGAGACAGCCUAGGAGUGUGUGCAGAAAAACAGAAUGGAUAUGAGUCUCUGCAGAGGGAUCAAGCUGUGUGCAUUAGUACAAAUGGUGCCGUUUUUGUAAAUGGAAAAGAAAUGACUAAUCAGUUGCCUGCAGUUACUUCUGGAUCCACUGUAACAUUUGAUGUUGAAGCUGUGACUCUAGGAACCACCAAUAAUAAUGAAGGUGGAAACUUCAAGCUUCGAGUAACUAUUAGCUCGAAUAACAGAGAAGUGGUUUUUGAUUGGUUACUUGAUCAGUCAUGUGGUUCUCUUUACUUUGGAUGCUCAUUUUUCUAUCCUGGAUGGAAAGUGUUAGUGUUUUAGAUUUUUGGAUACGUAGCUUUGGCUUUCAGGGUUGAAUGUACCUGUCCUCAGUCCAGUUCAGUUGUAACUGAUAAAAAAUAGUUUGUUUCAUCUCACAGGCCAUUGGAAAUGGAAGGUGUUUACUGGAUCCUUUUUGUGAUAUUUUAGCAAUAAGCAACUGAAAUGUUGUGGACAAAGCCAUAAUUCAGUCAAUUUUGCUUUUAGUGUAUCUUUAAUUGAAAUAUCAUAUCACAAUAAAAAUCAAACAGGCUUUAAAAGUGUAAGAAGAUAUAGAAAGUCCUAUACUCGUCCACUGUAGUGUUUGUUGUUUUUGGUUUUGUAGAGACAAGGUCUCACUACUGCCCAGUCUGGUCUUGAACUCAUAGGCUCAUGCAGUCCUCCUGCCUCAGCCUCCCAAAGUGCUAGGAUUAUAAGUGUGAACCUGUGUACCCAGCCUGUACUUCUUAAAAUUUAUUUUUUGAACAAAAACUUGAUGUAAGAUUUUUUUAUUAAAUUGUCAGCAGGAUCCAAGGCCACGUAAACCUUUAGAAUCUAAAGACAGCAGGGGCUUGGCGCCUAUAGUUCAGUGGCUAGGACGCCAACCAUAUACUCUGGAGCUGGCAGGUUCGAAAUCCAUCCGGGUCAGCUAAGCAACAAUGACAACUGCAACCAAAAAAUAGCCAGGCAUUGUAGCAGGCACCUGUAGUCCCAGCUACUUGGGAGGCUGAGGCAAGAGAAUUGCUUAAGCCCAAGAGUUUAAGGUUGCUGUGAGCUGUGACGCCACAGCACUCUACCCAGGGCGACAGCUUGAGACUCCGUCUCCAAAAGAAAGAAAGAAUAAAACAGCAGGAAUUGACCAAAUAGAAGUGAGAGUUCUGCAAUAUACAUUUACUCAUGUGCUUCCCACAUGAAUAUGUUAACUGUGUUCUGCCUAUUCAGGUAUUGUAAGCAGUGUUGACUUUUAGCCUAUGUCCAAUAACCUUUUCUUUUUUCUUUUCCUUUUUUUUUUUUUUUUGGAGACAAAGUCUGAUUCUGUUAUCUAGGUGGAGUGCAGUGGCCUGAUCAUAGCUUAUUGCAGUCUCAAACUCCUGAGUUUAAGCCAAACUCCUGUGUUGGCCUCCCAAGUAACUAGGACUGUAAGCACAUGCCACCACACUUGGCUAAUUUGUCUUCUUAUUUAUAGAUAUGGGGUCUCGCUCUGUUGCUCAGAUUAGUCUUAAAUUCCUAGGCUCAAGAAAUCCUCCCACUGUGGCCUCCCAAGGUGGUGGGAUUACAGGUGUGAGCUACUGUACUUGGCCCAUAUUCAAAAUUUGUUAAGUACAAGAAGUAUUAUAAAUUUUGCAUUUUUAAAAACACCCGAGUAAAUGUCUACAUGUAUAUAUACAUAUACAUAGAUAUUAACAUAUAUAUGUGUGUAUAUAUAUAUAUAUAUUUUUUUUUUUUUUUUUUGAGACAGUAUUUUGCUAUCACCUUGAGUAGAGUGCAGUGGUGUCAUCAUAGCUCACAGCAACCUAAAACUCAUGGGCUCAAGUGAUCCUCCUCCAGCUUCCCAAGUAGCUGGGACUACAGGCACACACCACCAUGCCUGGCAUAUUUUUUGGUAGAGAUGGGGUCUUGCUCUUUGUCAGAUUAUACUGGAACUCCUGGCCCAAACCAAUUCUCCCACCUCCGUCUCCCACAGUGUGAGGAUUUUAGGUCUGCACUACCACACCAGGCUAAUUUUUAAAAUUUUUAUAGAGAUAGGAUUUCACUAUAUUGCUCUGGCUGGUCUUGAAAUCCUGACCUCAAGGUAUCCUUCCACCUUGGCCUCCCAAAGUGCUAAGAUUAAUUAGUAUGAGCCACUGCACCCUGCCCAUGAAUAGGCAAAUGUUAUUUUUUGUUCUUUCCUUGCAGUUUGAUUCAAGAGAGGCUAGAGGAUUUUACAGGGUAAAACUACGUAUGGAAGUAGUAUGCACAGCAGUGUUAGCCAUUUCACAUGUAUGAAAUAUGCACGUUUACCUUCCUAGCCUCAGUCAUCUGUGUGUUAGUAUUUGUAGGGUGUGAGCUACGGACUAGUUUAAUGUCAGUUUGAUUAAGUGGUCUUUUAGUGGACAAAAAAUAUAUAGGGUAAAUAUUUAACCUAUUUUUUUAAAACUUAAAUUUGUAUAAAAUAUUUAUUUGAAGGACUUAAUAUGUAAAAAUAAUGAUCUUAACUUGCAAUACCAGCCUAUUUUUUUAAUGUGAAUUUCUUUCUUUCUUUUCUUUUCUUUUUUUUUUUUACUGGUAGUAGAAAAAGAAAAUCAAGUGUGAUAUUUUUGUAAGAUAACUUAUUUGGGAACACAUGUUCCCUGUUAGACAAUCAUGACCUUUUCUUCUUGUCUUUGUAUAUAUAAAUAAGUAGGCUUUUACUUGUUUAGUGAUUGUUAAGAAGGUUUUCUAGAAUGUAGAUGCCUUGUCCAGCCAGAAUCAAAAUAAAAAACGAAAAGUUCAGUGUAUGUAUUUUCUUCCAUGAGAUUUGGCGCCAGGCAUUUGAAUCGCAUGUUCCUGUAAUGUGUGGAAGAUUACUUGUACUUUCUUAUAUUCUGUGUGUCUGAAACCAAGCACAGUGCCUAACAUAUAAAUUGUGCACAAUAAAUAUUUAUUUGAUGAAUUGUUUUCUCCAGAAUAUCUUCAUC